AUGGAGGGAGAUGAGGAAGCCAUUAUUCAAAUUGAGCAAUUGAUGGCUAGUGAUGAAUAUGAACAAAGAGUACAAGAAUUUGCUGAUUUUAAUUACUUUGUCUGUUGCAUCUGUAAAGGGAGGACUAUUGAUGAUGAUGAUGAGCUUGGUGCUCGAUACUCGUCAAGAGACGAUAUAUUAAAGGGGCUUAAGGAUAUAUUGAGGACCAUUCCUAGGUACAACAAGAAGAAGUCUAUGGAGCAUCUUCAAAUCUUCGACUGCAUAGGUUUAACACGUGUUCUAUUCUUAUUGUUCCGUUCUUCAGCUAAAGAAAAUAAAAAGAUAGCUAAGGAAUGCAUUAGGCUCUUUCUAAUCGAUCCUAAAACCAAUUUUGGCUUCUUCUUACCUAGGUCCAUACAAAAUCAGUGUGCUACAAUAGUUCUGAGCUUUUACGAAGCGUUUUAUACGACUACUGAUGACGAAGAGCGCCAGUUAUACUAUUCUUGUCGUGAAACUCUUAUAUCCAUUUUGAAGUCAAUUGCCUUUUCAAAUAGACCAACAUAUUUUGGUAUUGCAAGGACGUCAAAGUUAAUUGGAGGCCUCACCAAGAUUUUCCAUGAGACAGAUAUGAAGUUGAGCAGAUCUUUAAAUUCAACUUAUCUGUCACCAUCACCCUUAGCAACUACUGAAUUAAGGAGUCUUGAGAGAAUUUUCGGUAGUGCAAUUCAGGAGCAUAGGAAGAUCAACGAAUGCCUGAAAUCUUUAGACGUAGCUGUUAGGGAUGCAGGAGGUAAUUUGAAAUUCAAUAUUGGGUGGUCUUACCUUCUUUCUAUUCUGAAGGAGUUGAACAACAUAUCUAAACUUUACGAAGACGGGGAAGAACUUCUAUCUGGUGCAUUUCGUGCAUUUCCCCUUGCAAUUAGAUAUCUUAUUUGGCACUCAAAGAGGGGUGAUGAUCAUCUAUGGCUUCUCAAGUAUGGCACUGCAAUAGAUUUUGAAUCAAGGAUACAUCUGAUGGUUCUGAUGUUUCCUGAGAAUGAGGCUGCUACAGGUCAUGGUGUCCUGCGGGAGUGGCUUUUCUUGGUAUGCCAAGCACUCUUUAGUCCAGAAUAUUCCCUUUUUGUAGAAUGCCCAGAGGACAGGCGCAGGUUUUUUCCCAACCCAGCACAAGUCAAACCUCAACAACUUAUGUUGUAUGCCUUCUGUGGUCGAGUUAUCGCUUUAGCCUUGAUGCAUAAAGUGAAAGUGGGCAUUGCAUUUGACCGUGUAUUUUUCUUGCAAUUAGCGGAGGAGAAAAUAUCCAUGGAAGACAUACGAUGUGCAGAUCCCAUGAUGUAUAAGAGUUGCAAAGAUAUUUUGGAGAUGGAUGCUGACCUUGUGGAUUCAGGUGCUCUGGGGUUGACAUUUGUCAGGGAAAUAAAAGAGUUUGAUUGUGUGUUGGAUGGAAGUGACAAACCUAUUUGUUUCAAAGAUUGGAAAGCACACAUGAAGUAUGAAGACUGCAAAGAAAACGAUGAACAGAUUUGCUGGUUUUGGAAGGUUGUUGAGGGUAUGUCCAUGGAGCAGAAGAGGGAGCUUCUUUUCUUUUGGACCUCAGUGAAAUACCUUCCUGUAGUUGGUUUUUCUGGCUUGUCACAUCCUUUAACUAUCUGCAAGACAUCCUGCUCCGACGAUCACCUGCCGUCAUCCCACACAUGUUUCUACCGUUUGUCACUCCCACAUUACCCAUCUCUAGCCAUCACAAAGCAGCGUCUCUCUUUAAUCUGCCAAACACAUGUAGGCUGUAGUUUUGGGUUCACGGUGAGACAUUUUUCUGGUUCUUGAGAUACACCUGUGUCAAGAUUGCAGUAGAUCAUUUAUCUCUUUCUGUGUUGCGUUUGUAUGGUUUAGAGGUGGUAAUUUAUUAGUAUCUUUUAUGAAGGGGUGGGAGUACAUACAAAGGUAAUUUGCGAGCGUAAUUUAGGUUAUUUAAAAUCAGUAAUGGCUGCUGCAUAUUUUUGAAAGACCAAGUACCGGGUUUGUAUUUUCCUAUCAGCAUUGUAUGUGUGUAUGUAUUAUGGGUUUUC